AUGGCCUCAGCUGGGCGAGGCGUGGCCAAGGUCCUUGGUAUCAACGUUGACUACCGCAAGGAGGCAGACCCUCUCGAGAACUCAGGUGCCUUGUCAGUAUCCUCGGUUGAUACCUACGUGGAACGAGAGCCUACUGCCAUCGAGUGGCUCUCCAAGUUUUCGCCUUCCUUCGCAGGGUUCAAACGCUAUCUGCGCAGCUUGUUCCCAUUCCUUGACUGGAUCUUCCAUUACAACUUUACAUGGCUCUUCGGCGAUGUCGUUGCUGGUGUCACGGUCGGCUUUGUUGUCAUUCCUCAGGGCAUGGCAUAUGCUCUGUUGGCGCAACUGCCAGCUGAAUAUGGCUUAUACACUAGCUUCGUCGGCUUCAUCCUUUACUGGGCAUUCGCAACUUCCAAGGACAUCACUAUCGGCACCGUAGCUGUCAUGUCUACGAUUGUUGGUAACAUUGUUGUCAAGGUCCAAAGAGAUCACCCCAACAUGUCGGCUCCAGACAUCGCCAGAGCCUUGUCUGUCAUUUCUGGAGCAGUGCUACUGUUUAUCGGUCUCACUCGCCUUGGUCGCAUUGUAGAACUGAUUCCUUUGGUUGCCAUCACAUCGUUCAUGACGGGUGCGGCAAUCAGUAUCGGAGCGGGCCAGGUACCAGCCCUCAUGGGGAUUACAGGUGUCAACAACCGUGGACCAACUUACCUUGUGAUAAUCGAUACCCUCAAAGGCCUCCCAAGGACGAAAAUAGAUGCGGCAAUGGGAUUGAGCGCUCUAGCUAUGCUCUACCUCAUUCGAUCCUUUUGUAAUUUCAUGGCAAAGAAGCAGCCUUCGAGGAAGAAGCUAUGGUUCUUUAUCAACACUUUGCGCAUGGCUUUUGUUAUCCUCCUAUACAUCAUGAUCAGCUACGUCUCGAACCGUCACGUCAAAGAUGCAAAGAAGGCCAAAUUCAGACUCCUGGGCAAGGUACCUCGAGGUUUCCAACACGCCGGCGCACCAAAGAUGAAUACGGAGAUCCUGUCUGCUAUCGCCCCCGACAUUCCGGUCACGAUUAUUGUUCUGAUCCUUGAACACAUCGCCAUUUCGAAAUCAUUCGGGCGCAUCAACAACUAUGUCAUUAACCCGUCGCAAGAGCUUGUGGCAGUCGGUUUCACGAACGUCAUUGGACCCUUCUUAGGCGCUUACCCUGCCACUGGUUCCUUCUCGCGUACUGCUAUCAAGUCUAAAGCAGGAGUUCGUACACCUCUCGCUGGUAUCUUUACUGCUAUCAUCGUUCUCCUGGCUUUAUACGCUCUAACAGCUAUGUUCUUCUACAUUCCUAUGGCGAGUCUGUCGGCCAUCAUCAUUCACGCCGUGGGUGAUCUUAUCACGCCUCCCAAUGUCGUUUACCAAUUCUGGGAGACCUCACCUCUUGAAGUCAUUAUCUUCUUCGCCGGAGUGUUUGUGACCAUCUUCACGAACAUCGAGAACGGAAUCUACGUCACUAUUGCAGCAUCCUUUGCGUUGUUGCUUUGGCGCCAGCUCUUCACUCACGGUCAAGUGCUGGGCAAGGUCCGUGUAUACCGUGCAACUCCAGACUCGAUUGCUCGCAAGGAGGACGGUGCUUUUGCCCCGAACACCGAUCAUGUAUCCCGUGAGGCCUUUGUACCCAUCAACCGUCAAGAUGGAACGAACCCGGAUGUCGACAUCGAGUCUCCGUACCCCGGUAUCCUCAUCUACCGCUUCAGCGAGGGCUACACGUAUCUCAACCAGCAAGGAUAUAUGGAUGAGCUUGUUAAACAUGCACAAAGCAUUGCUCGACCAACCACGCUCGACCGCUAUGCGAAGCUGGGUGACCGACCUUGGAACGACCCCGGCCCACGACGUGGUAAACAGAUCAACGUCGACGACAACCGCCCUAUUCUUCGUGCCAUUAUCCUAGACUUCAGCGCUGUCAACAACGUUGACGUUACUUCUGUCCAGGGUCUGAUCGAUGUUCGCGCCCAGCUUGACCGCUACGCGGCCCCAGAGAGCGUCGAAUGGCAUUUUGCGUCGAUCAACAGCCGCUGGACCAAACGUGCGUUGACCACCGCUGGAUUUGGCUACAUUGAUCGUGAGCGCUUCGCGUCUCGCCAACACUGGAACCCUGUCUACAGCUAUGCGCCUCUCGAUACACCCAGCCCAAAGAACGGAGAUGUCGAGGCUCAAGACGAGAUUCAGACUGUUGGUGGACAGAAGGGCUUUGCUGGCAAAGUUUCCACUCUCCAUGGUUCAAACAGGCCAUUUUUCCACAUCGAUGUCGCUGCUGCAGUUGAGAGUGCGGUAUCUGGUAUUGAGCAGAAACUGGCGCAUGUGAGCACCGGUAGUUCGGAGAACAACAUUGGUCAGACAGAAAUUCCUACCAAGCAGGCAUAG